AUGGAGAAAGGCACUCAGAGUUCUACAAAGACGGAGAGGGAAGUACAAACAGUAUAUCCCGUAGAACGACGUGAUUCGUUCGAUUUAACAAUGGACAAAGAGAGGUCUGAAGUAUCGACAGAGGAGAUUCAAAGUAAACCGAAAUUAGAACUAAAAGCUGGACUGGAAAAAGCUGAUGUCGCCGCUAUAGACUUUUUGGAUGGCUUUGAUAGACUUGGGGAACAGGAGUGUCAUAAAAUGAUCAACGAAAUAUACUUUAAACCUGAUGAAGAUAUCAUUUCAUCUAUAUAUGUAUUACAAUCUGACAUCCCAAGUGUACAGUUGAUGAAUAUCAUAACAGUGAGAAUUCCGGUCAAAAUCAGAUUCGAUUCAGAAAAAUUGAAAUUCUUUAUACGGAUGAGGGUUGGACUGGUAUGGCGAAGAAUUGAUGCGAGAUUUGAGGAAACACCAGGAAACUCAAUAUUUGAAGGUUAUCUAGUGUUCAAAACUGAAAUUCGUGGAAAUUUCUUUGCAACGUGCGAUUUUAUACAAUUCACCUACAAAGUUGACAAGCAUGGAUACAAAUUUAAAAAUGCUUUAAUUCCUGACAUACAAGUAGCUGUAAAAGGAGGAGUCUUGGAUGAACCGGAAGACGUCACAUUUCAGGUAUUAUAUACAGGACGCCUUAUUUCAAUGUAG